AUGACUGCACCAACUCCGCCGGGUGUCAAAACGGUGACCGCCGAUAAUGGAUAUCAAGCGAUGAUUGAUGCGGAAACCGUCGAUGAAUUCGUGCAUUCUCAGACGACAAGAAAAGAGGCGAAAUAUAAAAAAGACAUAAAAGAGUUCGAUUCGAGCGAGCGCACGAUUCAUCGAUUCCUUUCGAACGCCUGUAAAAGUCGAUUCAACAAUGUUGCCAAUUAUGAUGAGGUUCUUGAUCCCAAAGAUCACGAGUUCUACGUGCACGCCAACACAAUUCGAUCGCCAUGGGGCAAUUUUAUAAUUGCACAGAAGCCGAUAAGCGAGACGCUCGGCGAUUUUCUGCACCUUCUUUGGAUUUACAAUGUGCGUACGAUUGUCUCAAUGCUGACACCGGAAGACACCGGCGAGUAUUUCGAUGUGGCCGUUGGCGGAAAAUAUACGAGUCUUUUCCGUUAUACUAUGAAAACAUUGAAUGUGUUCAAUGAGAAGCAGGGCAUCACUGUGUACCAAUGCGAGUUGUCUUCGUUCCGCGCGCCGGGUCCCGCGAGAAUGAUUUAUAUCGUUUGUUGUCCGACUCCGGCGUCCGGACCAAGGAAUGCUCGAAUGCAUUCGGUUGCCCUCGAGGUGAUGUGGGCUUGCGAGGAGACGAACGCGAUUGAGGGCUACAACACGACGGUUCUAGUUCAUGGCGAGGCCGGAACACGACGUUGCGCGGCGUUCGUCGCCAGCGCGAUGAUGUGUCGCCAAAUACUCGAAACCGGCAAAUUCUCGUCGAUGGACACUUGGGUCGAGAUUCGUAAGCGGCGUUAUGGCGCGUGCUCGCGACGACAAGACUUCUACUCGUCGCUUCUCACCGUUUUUCAAUUCUGCCACCAAAUUGGACUCGUUUCGGGAAAAGACGAAUCGUAUACUAAAACAACAAAUCUUCUAAACGAUUUGAUCAAUCGCGAGGCGAUUGCAUUCACCAAACCACCACCUUCGACACCACUUCCCGGAUCUUCCGCCAUGCAAUAA